AUGCCUCCUCCAACUGCACAGUUCAUGGGCCCUACGCAGGCGGGACAAAAUGAAAGCCAAAAUCAAUCAUCAGGCGAAGCUGGGGAGCAAAACCAGGAGCAUGGGCAAGGCCCUACUCCUAUUCUUAAUCAAAGUCAACCGGCUUCUUCUCAACCGCAACAUCAACAACAAAGGAAUGAGUCGAUUUCAUAUUAUACAAAUUUCAACCAGCCACGAUAUUCCACGGACGCCUCUAUCAACUCAUUCUUGAACAUAUCUGAUAACGUACCAGUAACAAGUACAGGAGGACCUAGUUCUGGCGGCGCCUAUUCCAAUCUUCCACGAUUAUCCACUUCAAGUACACAUCAACCGCCAGACCUGUCGCAAAUCGGACGCGGCUUUUCCAUUGUAAACAACCUCUUCCCACAACAACAGCAGCUUCAAAAUCAGCAUCGGCAACAGCAGCAACAACAACAACAGCAGUCGCACCAGCAGCCUCCCUUCAAGACCCCUUCAUUUUCGACGGGAUUAACGGGAAGUUCUUCUCAAUAUCAAUUUUUACCAAGAAAUGAUAAUACUUCGCAGCCACCUUCAAAAAGAAACUCUGUUUAUCUUGGACCUAAUGAUGGGCCUGAUUUUGAAUUUUUCAGUAUGCAGCAGUCACAGCAACCGCAGUUCCAGCCUAGCAGUAGAAGAGAAUCAAACUCUAUGAGACCUCCACUGUUAAUACCUGCAGCAACUACUAAAAGCCAGUCCAAUGGCACCAAUAAUAGUGGGAAUAUGAACACAAAUGCAGAUUAUGAAUCAUUUUUUAAUACUGGUACAAACAACAGUAAUUCUAAUCAGAACCCGUACUUUUUGAGUUCAAGAAAUAAUUCUUUGAAGUUUAAUCCUGAAGAUUUCGAUUUUCAAUUCAAAAGGCGGAAUUCUUUUGUUAGAGGUACUUUGGACCAUAGCAGCCAAAAUGCGUUUAUACCUGAAUCAAGAUUAAACUCACUAUCCGUUAACAACAAAGCUAAUGGUGAUCCUGUCGCGGAUAAUGUUACCAAUAACAUGAAAGGAAAAAGUAAUGAAGUUGACAAUGAUGAUGGCAAUGACAGUAGCAAUAACAAUAACAACAACAACAACAACAACAACAAUGAAAACAACAAUGACAACAAUAAUGAUAAUAACGACAAUAGUAUUAAUUCCGCCACCAGUACUAAUAUCCCAAACCAAGAGGACCAUAGCCUUGCUUCUACCGAUACCACAAGCAAUAGUAGGAAAGAUCUAAAAGAAAUAGAACAAAGACUUCGAAAACAUUUGAAUGAUGAGGAUAAUUACUCUAGUGCUAUAUCAAGACCAUUGGAUAAAAACGACGUAAUUGAAGGCAGUGAGGGAUUGAACAAACAUAUAGACGAGUCUGGUAUGCAACCUAAUAUUAUCAAGAAAAGGAAAAAGGAUGAUUCUACUGUGUACGUCAAGAAUGAGAUGCCCCGUACUGAUCCCCCGAUGAGUAAAGACAAUUCUACUUCUGCUGAAGGAGCAGCAAUGGCAAACUUUUCUGGUAAAGAACCUCCUAUACCUGACAUAAGUUCAGUAAGUGAUGAUGCUACUAACCUGAUAGGUGCAACAAAGGUCGACCAACUAAUGUUGAUUAUUCAAGCAAGAAAGAAAGGUUUCACGGAGAAAGUAAAUACCACUCAAGAUGGAGACUUACUGUUUAACCAAACGAUGGACAUUUUACCACCUAAAAGCGAACUAGUAGGUGGUGUGGAGAAACCAAAAGGCACACAAAAUACACGAGCAGUUAAAAAACAUGAAUGUCCCUAUUGUCAUCGGCUUUUUUCGCAAGCGACUCAUCUGGAGGUUCACGUUCGUUCUCAUAUAGGGUACAAACCAUUCGUUUGUGAUUAUUGUGGCAAACGUUUUACUCAGGGUGGGAACUUAAGAACUCAUGAACGACUACACACAGGUGAAAAACCGUAUUCAUGUGAUAUUUGUGAUAAAAAAUUUUCUAGGAAAGGGAACUUAGCUGCUCACUUGGUUACUCACCAAAAAUUGAAACCAUUUGUUUGCAAGCUUGAAAACUGCAACAAGACCUUCACUCAACUAGGAAAUAUGAAGGCCCAUCAAAAUAGAUUUCAUAAGGAAACAUUAAAUGCCUUAACGGCAAAAUUAGCUGAGAUGAAUCCAUCUGAGAAUAUUCCACUUGAAGAGCGGCAACUUUUGGAGUACUUUGCGUCCAUUUAUAAAAAUUCAAACAGGGGAAUUAAAGGUAGAGGAAAAGGUGUAGGAACCAAAAAAUCAACAAUUUCCUCACCAGAAAACCAUCCUGCGAGCACAAUUUUGAAUCCAAAUACAAAUGCAAAUAAUGCUAUUGCUAAUGAUUCUGAAAAUAACGGCAACCCUGAAGGUAACAUUGACAGCAGUAGUAACAGCAAUCCGGGCUCACAUAGUAUGAUUUCGCCGACGCAAAAAGACAUGGGUACGUUGCAAUCACAAUUUAUCCAAAAUAAUUUUAACAAUUCUGUGAACAGUUCGAAUCCGUCCAACCAACCAAUCAUAAACUACAAUUACACCACACUUCCUCAUUCUAGAUUAGGAAGUAGUAGUUCCAGCAAUACCAACAAUAAUAACAGCAACUUUUCGGUAGGUGCAGCUCCGGGUGUAUUAAUGGCGCCAACCACCAAUAAUGACUUCAGUUUCAACUUGGAUCAAUCUAAUGAUAAUGAAAGAUCUCAACAAGAACAAGUGAGAUUUAAGAACAUUAAUUACAAAAGCUAG